UGUAGGAACUGGUUCCCUUCACUUCUGUUGAGCUCUGGGGUCCCAGACAUGGAGGGGACGGGCCCCCUGAGGGUGGGGCUGACAGUGUUGGUCCUCCUGUGUGGAGGGGUCUCCGCAGGCUCUCACUCUCUGCGAUUUUUCCUGACAUCCACAACUCAGAUUCCCGGUUUCCCGCAGUUUGUGGGCGUCGGUUACGUGGACGGUGUCCAGUUCAUCAUGUACGACAGUGAUCGGAAGUUGGUUCCCCGGGAGCAGUGGAUGGUGGAGAGUGAGGGGGCUGUGGGCUGGAAGAGGAAGUUGUUUCUUGCCCAGGGUCAGGAGAUAAACCUGAAAGAUAAUAUUCCGUUGUUUAUGUCUCGGACCAACCAGUCGGGCGGAAUCCACACCAUCCAGCAGAUGGUCGGCUGUGACCUGAAGGAGGAUGGGACCACGAGCGGCUUUGCCCAGUACGGCUGGGACGGAGAGGACGUGAUCAGCUUCGACAAGGAGCACAUGGUGUGGGUGUCACCGGUACCGUGGGCAGUGGGCAUGAAAUACCAGUGGGAUCAGGACAUGGUUGACAUUCAGAGAGGGAAGGACUUCCUGGAGACGGAGUGUAUCGAUUGGCUGAGGAGAUUCGUGGAGUACGGAGAGAGGGAACUGCGAGUGGUCCCCCCCCAGGUUGCCUUCACCCCUACGGCCCAAACCCCCCACCUCUCCUGCUUGGCCACCGGCUUCCACCCCCCGUCCAUCGAGGUGACCCUGUGGAGGGACGGGACCAUCCUCCAUGAGGCCCACUCCAGCGGGCUCCUGCCCAAUCACGACGGGACCCACCAGAUCCGGAAGUGGGUGCAGGUCGAUCCUGAGGACCCGGGACAGUUCUCCUGUCGGGUGGAGCACAGCGGACUGCAGGAUCCCGUCAUCCAGGUUUACGUGCGGGGGACUCACUCCCGGCUCCCACUCAUCCUCGGGCUCCUGGUCGCUCUCAUUGCUCCCACCAUCGCUGUUGGUGCCGUCUACAGGUGGCGAGCGGGAGUGAAGAGGAACUACAAUCCCACACCGACUUCAGACGGUGCAGGAUCCUCGGCCGGUUCCACCGCCAGCGAGUCUGCAGAUGACACCAGCGCAGUGGACCAGAUCUCAAAUGGCAGCAAUUAUCUGGAGGAAGGAGAUCGAGAGCCUCAAGUCCGGGUUCCCCAGCGUCAAAGGGGUGUCUUCUGGCUCCUGGCGUCCCUCCUGAGGCGUCAGGUUGAGGUUACUAGCCAGCUGCAGAACAGGUCUUCAGAGGGAGAAAGAGAUCGGGACACUCCGGGAGCAACGCUGCAGGAGGCAGUGCAGACUGCCCAAACUCGGGCCAAUGACCUGAAGGCCAGGGGUACUGAGGUCACCUACUGGUUGAAUCAGGUACAGCAGGCACAAGGCGCCCGCAGGCCCGGCUGGCAACCGGACCCGUUUAAAAUCCAAGCUUUGGUCCAGCGUGGCGACAAGCUGGACGCAUGGCUGGGGGACGGGGACAUUUGGAUGGUUGAGGAUGAGGAGGGGGUGCCCGAAGAGGCCAAGCCCCAUCACCGCCGCCCCCAGCCCUAUGCGCCCAAGUCCCUGCAGGCUCGACCUGUCACCACGUGGUCCCAGGUCCACCGCAGGAGGGAAGGGAGUCAGGAUGGGACCCCCCGCAGGGGAAAGUCCCUUUGGUCCCUCCCGAGACCACGGAGACCCGGGACUUCUCUGUUAAAGAGCUCACCCAGCUGGCAGAUCGGUAGCGCCAGCAGUCGGGCGAACAGCUGGCCGCGUGGCUGCUCGAGCUGUGGGACGAGGGGGCCCCCAACGAGGGAUCGGGGACACGCUACCCUGUGGGAUUGGGUAGUGGCCGCCUUGAGGGUCCAGUACCCCACCCUCCUCGAGUGGGACCUAUACGGGCGACCACAAUGGAGCACUGUCAUUGAGGGCACCAGGAUCAUCCGGGAAUGGGCGCUGGUGACUGGCAUUUACUCGGGGACAGGCGACUUCGAGCUGCUAGAAAACACCACCACGACCAGUGCGCUAGCAGCUUACCUGGUCGCCACUGCACGCCCCGAUCUGAGGCCAGUGGUCCUGCCCCUCAUGGGACCGGCCAGCAGGAAGACCGAUCGGAAAGCCAUCACUCUCCUGGAGGGGUUAGAAUACAUGCAGCGGGGGGUGGCCAUGCAGGUCCGUAGAGCGGAGACGAGGGCUGGGGACACCACUUCUCGUCUCACGCGCAAACAGCUGUACCUGAAACUAUUGCGCGCAGUGGUGGACCGUGCUAGCAUAGACGGGGUCCCGACCUCGGCUCUACAUGUGCGAUGGAAGGAGCUCUGUGGGGGAAAGCCCAGCCGGGGGACGACCCGCGACCACCCCGGGGCCAAGACCGACACAGGGGACUCUACGGAAUGUAUACCGGGGAUCAACGUCUUAAAGGGACAGUCCCUGCACACCAACUGGGGCAAUUUCACCUUUGGAGCCGCCCAGGCCACGGUGGUUGUCAGGGCGGCCAAAAAGACCCAGGAGGCCAUCCGUAAUGCCACGGUGGACCAGGCUGCCCAGAAAUGUUGCGCAACCAUUUCCAUGGAUGAGCCUGACCUCAGUGCCCUAAGAGCGCACUGUAAGAGCGGUCACCUAGGGGCUGACGGUACGCUGCGCUUGGCAGAACAGUUCGUGGUCGCCCUCACAGUGGACCAGUCCCCCUUGGUCAGCCACAGGAGCUGGUUCACUUCACUUCGGUUGAGCUCUGGGGUCCCAGACAUGGAGGGGACGGGCUCCCUGAGGGUGGGGCUGACAAUGUUGGUCCUCCUGUGUGGAGGCGUCUCCGCAGGCUCUCACUUUCUCCGAUUUUUCCUGACAUCCACAACUGAGAUUCCCAGUUUCCAGCAGUUUGCGGGUGUCGGUUACGUGGACGGUGUCCAGUUCAUGACGUACGACAGUGAUCGGAAGUUGGUUCCCCGGGAGCAGUGGAUGGUGGAGAGUGAGGGGGCUGUGAGCAGGAAGCAGGUGUUGCUAUUUGCUGAACGUCGGGAGACGCUCCUGAAGGGAUACAUUUCGUUCCUCAUGUCUCGGACCAACCAGUCGGGCGGAAUCCACGUCCUCCAGCAGAUGGUCGGCUGUGACCUGACGGAAGAUGAGACCACGAACGGCUUUGUCCAGUACAGCUGGGACGGAGAGGAUGUGAUCAGCUUUGAUAAGGAGCACAUGGUGUGGGUGUCACCGGUACCGUGGGCAGUGGGCAUGAAAUACCAGUGGGAUCAGAACAAGGUUCGCAGUCAGAAAUGGAAGAACUUCCUGGAGACAGCGUGUGUCGAGUGGCUGAGGAGAUUCGUGGAGUACGGAGAGAGGGAACUGCGAGUGGUCCCCCCCCAGGUGACCUUCACCCCUUCGGCCCAAACCCCCCACCUCUCCUGCUUGGCCACCGGCUUCCACCCCCCGUCCAUCGAGGUGACGCUGAGGAGGGACGGGACCAUCCUCCAUGAGGCCCACUCCAGCGGGCUCCUGCCCAAUCACGACGGGACCCACCAGAUCCGGAAGUGGGUGCAGGUUGAUCCUGAGGACCCGGGACAGUUCUCCUGUCGGGUGGAGCACAGCGGACUGGAGGAUCCUGUCGUCCUGGUUUACGUGCGGGGGACUCACUCCCGGCUCCCACUCAUCCUCGGGCUCCUGGUCGCCCUCAUCGCUCUCACCAUCGCUGUCAGCGCCGUCUACAGGUGGCGAGCGGGAGUGAAGAGGAACUACAAUCCCACACCGACUUCAGACGGUGCAGGAUCCUCUGCCGGUUCCACCGCCAGCAAGUCAGGUACAAAUGGUGUUGAUGGACACUGUGCUCCGACACCACUGGGCUCCACCUGGCUCAGUACGGACGCUCCUUACGUGAUCGGACUGGCGGUUGGAGAGGACGAGAAACUCUCGGAGACGACCGAGGGACUCUGGGAACGUUUCACCUCAUCACUUUGAGCCAGAACUCCUUCAUGCUGUAGGCAAACCCUCCAGAUGUGGUCUCCGUGAAUCUGUGUUAGUUCCAGCGGCUACCACACACUGCAGUUGCCUGGCCUGCCGUGCUCGACUGAACUGUUGUGGAUAUUUGUGAUGUGUAUCACACUCUAACUUUGUUCGAAGUCUCUUAUUCAACAGAUCACACCACCGGUCCACAUAUGUCGAUGCUCUGUUCAUGCUGCACUGAAUCAGAUGGGAUUAGUCCCCCGUCACCACCCUCUCUCUCCGGCUUCUCUCUCCCCCACUUCCCCAUCUCCACAGCUUGUUGUUUUCCAACCUUUCCCAAUUCUCUCCCUGGACCCCGCCAUCGGUACACUGCAGCGGAACCUUAUCGUGCCCUUUGUAAACAUGUGCAAAUAUUGUAAUUAAUUCUAAAUAACUCAGCAUAUA